GGAGAGAGCAAUUGGAGAUGCUGAUAGACUGGCCUAUAUAGCUGUCCCCGUCGAGCUACUGCAUCCUAUAAUGCCAACAAAGCGGAGGCUCCCGCACAGGCUUCAGAGAAGAUGCCCCCCAAUGGAGCUAAAGGGGCCACUCGGAUGCGUCGAGGAAGGCCAUCAAAGAAAUGGAGCGAACCUUUCGUGAUUACAAGUGACAAAUCUCCGCUAGUCGACAUUGACUUGGUGAAGCUGUUCUCUAAUCCCAAGUCUUGGACCUGCCUCGAUGAAGAUGAGAAGAGGGAGAUCCUUUCUCUACUUCCUGCCGGAACCCACCCUAAUCCUGAUGGAAACCCUGAAGACCCAGAGUCUCAGAUAGAGCCAUUAUCUUACGAAUUUCUCCGCUACUCGAUCCCGUGGCGCGAUGCAGUGCGCCAAUUUCAGGAUGACCUACAAAAUGGCAGAUACGAUCCGGAAUGGCAGCGCCAGGCCCACGAAGCUGUAGAAGAAAGAGCUGCCGGGAAAUUUGACAAAUGGAAGGAAGAGCAAUUCGAGGAGUUCUGGGGUCAGAAGCAAAAGAUCGAUCGCGGGGUGAUUGCCGGAGAAAGUUCAAAGAUCAAGCUCGAAACUCUGGUUGAAAAUGACCUUAUACAGGUUGGUGAUAUUUGGAAAUUUACUAGAGUUGUUCGAAGAGGUAAAGAGAAGAUACUUGUUGAAAAGGAAGUGAAGGUAAUCGGCUCUGAUGGGAAACUCCUUACGUUCGCAAUCCCUUCCGGCCAGCGUGUCCUGCUUUGUGGGGUCACGAAUGACAUUGCAACAAAAACUUCUCCACAUGGAAUUCCAGACUCGCAGACUACUGAAGUUAAACUUGAGCCAACGCAGCCUGCUGUCGAAAGUGCUAUCAUUUCCACCGACAGUAGAGCAGUGCCUAUGUCGUCUGAUCCGGGUGAUGAUGCGAGUGCGAAGAGUGGCAAUUCUGGAAAGCGUUUCCAAACGGGAAACCUCAUGUCUACCCUACAGCAAUUUGUUUCUGAGAUGGAAGCGAAUGGUCCCCACGAAAACACCCUAGAUGAGCAGCCUGUGAAAACUAUGGAGGCAGAGAUAGUAACUAAUCCCAAGGAUGUCCACCAUACAAAUGCUAGUGACUGCAGCAUUACAACUCGCAACCAUUUUAUCAAAAUUCUAGAGGAGAUUAGUUCAGAUUCUGAAUCUGAACUUUCGGACUUACACACGGAAUUUGACUAUUCCAACCUUGAUCUCGCAUGGGACACCUUUCGUUUCCAACUUGAUUCAAAGUCCCAAACUGCCGAAAGGGCAAUACCUGACACCCAGGAAAGUGGGAGUUCCAUUGAGCUUAAUACCCACAAGAUUACGGCUGAAAGUGUGCCGGUCGAUCUUCCGAAAGAGACGUCUCCUAUGGGUAAUACUUUGGAAAUUUCGAAAGCUAUCAAGAGUGAUGUUAGUGCUGCUGAUCCUGAGGAAAACCAAAAGGACGGUGAGAGCAAGGCCUUUGAACACAUAACUAAAGCUAGCGAUGGCACUGAGCCCGAAACCAACGGACAGCCCCAGAUCAGGGACGUCGUGUUCAGAGGUGUCCGAGGUCCCACCAGUUUACACAACAAGAUUCUCGAGAUUGAUGGACGUAUUAAAAACCCGCCUAACGGAAACGCUUGGAAAGAUUUUCGCUGUUACAGAAACAACCAAGAUAUUGGCUCUCUUUGGGAUAUUCGACAAUCUUGGUAUCUUCGGGGUCGCUGAGAUGUUCUUUCACAACCGAAGCGAACCCGAGCGCGCAUAAUCGUCGUACACGUGAUAUCCUUGGCUACCAACAGCUAUCGCGUAUUCAAAAUCAGCAUUCUAUGAAUAUUUAGAGCUAUUAUAUGACUUUGCUCAUUGUCAGUGCAAAAACUAGAUAAUGAGAUUGUUCUACAAUGAUGCGACGACGAUUGGGUAUUUCUUUACUUUUCUCCUUUCCUUUUAGCUCCCAUCUCUUCUUGCAAAGCUUCCAGGAUUCGGGAAUAGGACUUGGGAGGAGCUUACAUUAGAUACGAUACUAUUUUGCGAGGACCUAGCGUCUGUUAUUCGGCUUAAAAUUUGUGCAUGGGCCCUUUUUUUAAAGAUAUCUACAUAUUACUAUUUUUAGUCCAAAAGCUCCUAAUCAAAGGCGAUAACUAUUCUACCAUAAAUCGUUUUAACAUUAAAGAGCUGCAUUUUAAGUUGAUAUGCAAAGCAUAUUAAGGGAUAGCAGCUUGUGCCGUAGUCUCCUCGCUAACCACACGCAUGGCAUUCUCAUCGCUAACAAUAUCCACCGCAGAACUGCAACCUAUGAAAUCCUCGAGCUCUUCGCUUAUUGUCUUUAACUUCUCUUUCACACUGGCCACGGAUUCAGCACCAACAAUGUGUCGUGCUGGUGGAUUCUCAUGGCCUCCGAUAGCGGUGAUGGCGUGUAUAGUUUCCGCCGUGAGAAGAUCCAGAUGUGCAGGACUGAGCGGCGGAUAGAGGGAAACAAUGGUCUUUGCGGAAAGUGGAUGGAGGUUCGCGUCUAUGGUGUUUUGUUCGUGGUGGGCUUCCGGGUUACUGGUGGAGGUGGUGGAGACAGAGCAAGGGGAUGGAUCGGAUAUUGGUGAUGGGACAGGUGAAUCAGGGUACCCCGUGACGCUUGGGAGGCGGGAGAGAAUGUCAUUCAGGAUUCCUCGGAAUAAUGGUGCGUGGUUAGCUGUGCGAGAGUAGGUGG